AUGGACGAUCUUUCACUCACAGAACAGUACCAGAGGUACAAAAUCGGCACGAAGUAUGUGGUGCAGUGGCUCGCCGACACCGCAAUGGACUAUACAAUUGUGCCUACACUCGUAUUGGCACGUAGAGAGAACACAAAUACAGUUGCUGGUUUACGCGACAUCACGCUAUCGGUGGACAGCCUUCGACAGUUGGCGCGCGAGAUUGUUGAACGCGCCCAGUGCACCAGUAGAGAUCCUAAAGGUAUCGACGACACUAUCGUCGUGCUUGUCGAUGUGGUGCGCGGUCGCAGGGAGUUUGCGCAACACUAG